UAAACGGAUGAAAGAUCGAACAUGGCAUCCGGAAGAAACAUGAAUACACCCAAUGCUUCACAAAAGGCCAAGCUUAAGAGACCAGAAGCUAGUUACAGUACUGUCUAUGAAACAUGAGUUACUGUCCAUUGACUUUGUAUAGUAUCUCUGUCAAUAUUUACUGAAAUGAGAAAGAAAAAACUAGUCAAACUUUGAAGUUUUCAGCAGAGGCGGCUAGUACAACCUCAAGAUUCUUCCCUGUCUGUGAUGAAGAACCAUAUUUUCAUCAGAGGAAAUGGAUAUUAUUACUCCCAUUAUAGCCCUUAUUAGUGAAUUCAUUGGUUUGGUUUCGAAAAAUAUAAACACUGCUGGUGACUUGGAUAAUAGGGGGACUUCUCUCAAGACUGCACUUGAGGAACUAACAGAAGCAAGAGAAGACUUGGAGAGUCAAGUUAAUCAAGCAGAAUCUUUAGGAUUAACUUGCACAAAUCAAGUCAAAGGGUGGCUGAAAAGAGCAGAAAAACUUGAAUUUGAGGUGAGAUUAAUGGUUCAAAGAGUUGAUCAGCAGGAACAAGACACUGUUUUGUGCUGCUGUGCAAACUGUUGUUCAAGAUACAAGUUGAGCAAAAAGGUUCUGAAAAAGAUUAAUAUUACAAAGGAGUUUAUGGAAAAGAGUAAAGCAUUAGAUAUGAAUUGGGUUGAUGGAAAUGUGAUUGUACCUGUGAUGGAGAUCCCCAGUGGGCCUGUUAUUGGCAUGGAUGUCAUGUUGGAGAAGGUUUAUGAAUUGCUUGACAAGGAAGAGGUUGGAAUCAUUGGAGUUUAUGGGAUGGGUGGAGUCGGAAAGACAACUCUUUUGAAAUGUAUAAACAAUGAGUUUUUGACACUAAACCAUGGUUUUAAUGUAGUGAUUUGGGUUACUGUAUCUAGAGAAUUUGUUGCAGAAAAGAUUCAGCAAGCUAUUAUGUCGAGGCUGGGCCUGUCGUGGGAUGAGGCCGAGGAUCAAGAACAGCUAGCUUCGAAGAUAUAUAAGGUUUUGAAGAUGAAGAAAUUUCUGUUGUUGCUGGAUGAUAUUUGGAGAGGAGUUGACCUUGAGAAGAUAGGGGUUCCUAUUCCCAAGAAGGAGAACAAUUGUAAAGUGAUAUUGACUUCUCGUUCUAUGGAUGUGUGCAGUGACAUGGAUGCUCACUGCAAGCUUAAAGUAGAUUUUUUGAGGGAGAAGGAAUCGUGGCAUCUUUUUGCAGAAAAGGUUCGUCGAGAUGAUAUCCUUAAUUCUCAAUCCAUACAGCCACAUGCCCAGGCCAUUGUCAAGAAAUGUAGAGGCCUUCCGCUUGCUCUAAUCACAAUUGGAAAAGCUAUGGCCAAUAAAGAGACGGAGGAAGAGUGGAUUGCUGCAAAAGAAAUGCUUAACAAAUCCCCAUCAGAACUUAGAGGUAUGAAAGAUGUGUUCACACUUCUGAAAUUUAGCUAUGAAGAGUUAGCUAAUGACACGUUUAAGUCAUUGUUGUUGUACUGUUCUUUGUUUCCUGAGGAUUGUUCUAUUGAGAAAGAAUUGCUUGUAGAAUAUAUGGUAGGGGAAGGAUUAUUAUUGAGCUCCCAUGAGAUGGGACACGCCCUCAUUGGAUCUCUCAAAGUCGCUUGUUUCUUGGAAAAGGGUGACCAGGAAACCCAAGUAAAAAUGCAUGAUCUUGUCCGAAGCUUUGUUUUGUGGAUAGCGUUGGAUAAUGGAGAUGACGAUAUGAAGUUCUUAGUUCAGCCUAGUGCAGGACUUACUGAAGCACCUUCUGUUGAAAAGUGGGAAAGAGCACAUAGAAUUUCAUUGAUGGACAAUGAAAUUACCGAACUAUCCGAAGUACCUGUUUGCCAACACUUAUCAACCUUGCUGCUCCAAUGGAACAGGAGUCUGAGUAAAAUUUCAGGGGGAUUUUUUCAAUACAUGCCUGUUCUUAAGGUUCUUGAUUUAUCAUAUACCAGCAUCAGAGAGAUUCCCAAAAGCAUCUCUUAUUUGUGUGAGUUGCGUUAUCUUGAUCUAUCCGGGACUAAAUUGAGCACAUUGCCAAAAGAGAUGGGAAGUUUGAAAAAUCUGAGGUAUCUGGAUUUGAAGCGCACUCAUUAUCUCAGAACAAUUCCCCGCGAGGCUAUAUCUGGACUUUCUCAAUUAAGAGUCUUAAAUCUCUACUACAGUUAUGUAGGCUGGGAAAUUCAAGAUCUUACUAUCGAGAAUGAAAUAAGAUUUGUGGAUUUGGAAAAGCUGAGGCAUCUUGCCGCUCUAGGGAUCACUGUAACUGAAGUAGAGGCCCUGGAGGAACUCUUUGUUUUUAAAAAUUGCAUCCAAUUUUUGUACAUAACAUCAUGUGAACGCUUGUAUAAGUUACAUCUCUCAUUAAACCCCGGUGAUGGCAAGAGGUUGAGAAGGCUUAGCAUCAACGAUUGCUCUGAUUUACAGUACCUGGCCAUUGGCAGCAAGGCUGAAAACAACUGGUUGCCUAGAUUAGAGGCUUUUGCACUAAACAAUCUUCCCAGCUUGAUCAAAGUGUGGGAAAAAGCAGUGACACCCGGAGCACUUCAAAAUCUUCGUUCCAUUACCAUCUGGUAUUGCAACAAGUUGAAGAACGUUUCAUGGGUCAUAAAUCUCCCAAAGCUCGAAAUGUUGUACUUGUUUUACUGCAAAGGAAUGGAAGAAGUUAUAAAUGUAGAUGAUGUGGAGGCCGGGGGAGUUGCCAACACAUUUCUGUCACUUCGAACGCUAUCUAUGAGAGAUCUACCAUGCUUAACUAGUAUCUCAAGAUGGAAGAUGGAUUUCCCUUCAUUACAAAAAAUCGCUGUGAUUGAAUGUCCGAGGCUAAAGAAGUUGCCACUAAAGUCUCCUGAGGUUUCAGCACCACAGACAUUUACAUUGUAUGGUGAGAAGGCUUGGUGGGAUGAAUUGGAGUGGGAUGAAGUCGGUGCUCAGUCUGCUUUCCUACCACAUUUUAUACCAACUGGUCAGACAAAUUGAUAGGCAAAAAUUAAAGUAUAGAUGAAUACUCUGUUCUACUUAUUUUUGCUACAUAAUUUCGGCAAAUACCCUAUUUGUUAAUAUAAGAGUCAUUAUUGCAGUGAAAUUUUAUUAGAGAUUUCUUACA